AUGGAAUACUCCGAACAGGAACUCGAGUACCCUCAGAAGCUGCUGAAUUAUAUGAAUGGAUUUCUUAUAUCCAAGACAAUGUUUGCUGCCUGCGAGUUGGGAGUAUUUGAUCUCCUGCAGGAGGCUGCUGUUCCACUCUCUUCUGAUGCCAUUGCAGAGCGUCUUAACACCAGUGCUGAUGGCAUGGAAAGGCUCCUCUCUGCGUGUGUCGGACUUCAACUGCUUGAAGUCAAGGAGCAUCAAGGAGAAGCCUUGUACAGUAAUACAGAUUUGUCCAGAAUCUAUUUGACCAAGACAAGUCCCAGGUCUCUGCAUCAUUCAAUGGCAUACUAUUCACAAACCAUCUACCAUUGUUUUUCCUACAUUACUGAUGCCGUCAGGGAAGGGAAAAGCCAAUAUAAGCGAGCAUUUGGUGUCUCCUCAACUGAACUGUUUGAAGCUCUCUACAGGUCCGAGGAUGAAAUGUUGAAGUUUAUGCAGCUGAACUCAACCUGGAAUAUAUGUGGGAAGGAUGUGGUAACAGCCUUUGAUCUUUCAGCUUUUACAAACAUCUUUGAUCUUGGAGGGUGCACUGGUGCACUGGCGAAGGAAUGUAUCUCUGCAUAUCCACAGUCAAGAGUAACAAUCUACGACCUUCCAAAAGUCCUGGAAAUGGCAGGAAAACAUUUUGUGUCCCAAGAUGAAAAGCAGAUUCUAUUCCAUGAAGGAGACUUCUUCAAAGACCCCAUACCUGAAGCAGACCUUUAUCUUCUGGCUAGAAUACUUCAUGACUGGACUGAGGAUAAAUGCCUGGAGCUUCUCACCAAAGUCAACAAAGCUUGUAAACCAGGUGGCGGAGUGCUGUUGAUUGAAGCCUUGUUGAACGAGGAUCGGAGAGGCCCCAUCACCACUCAGCUGUACUCUCAUUGUUUGGUACAGACAGAGGGUAAGGAACGAAUGGCCUCAGAGUACACCGGCCUUCUGGAGUCUGCCGGAUUCAAGAAUGUGCAAAUCCGAAAGACAGGGAAAACUCUAACGAUACCAUCCUGGGCAGAAAGUGUUGUCUGA